AUGGUACAAGACCAGACAAUCGACGAGAAUGUGAUCACAUUGGAGCCAUUCAUCCAUCAGGUGGGCGGCAGAAGCACUAUAUUAGUGUUCGGCCAAACCGUAUGCAAACCCAUUAAUCCACGGGAACUGGCCUUCUAUGAGACACUUCCACUCCAAUUGAAACCUUUUGUCCCCGAAUAUCGAGGCAUAAGUGAAGUCCUAUUCAAUGAGAGCUCUGAUGGCUAUUUGACAAUCACUGCUAAACCACCCAAUAGUCUACAACCCAAUAGUUAUAGAGAGGAGGAUAAUAGUGAACAGAAGGCUAAAUAUCGCAUCAAAUUAUGUAAACCUAACGGAGAUAUAGAUAUUCUCAUUGAAAGCAAUGAUAAACAGUUACCUCAUAUCGACAGCAAUCAUAUCUUCGAAGACGGCAGUCAUUGCAAUGAAAACGAUUUGCCAAAAAUUGUCAGCAAUUCCCUAACCAAACCCCACAAUCCAUGGGUUCUUAAGACGAUAAAAGCGCUCAAAGCGAGUGAUAAUUACCAACGAAGAAAGUUCUUAUUACUGGAGAAUUUGACCUUUAAAUUCAAGUUUCCCUGUAUUCUGGAUCUCAAGAUGGGGGUCAGACAACACGACGACUUUGCUGAUGAGGAUAAGAUACAGAGCCAUUCUCUCAAGGUAUCCAAAACUACUUCCGGAUCUCUUGGACUCCGAAUUACUGGCGUUCAGAUCUACAAUAAGACUUCGGAUCGUUUCAAAUGUCAUAAUAAAUAUUAUGGCCGAACACUAACACCCGAAGGAUUUGUCAAUACAUUGAAAGCGUUUCUGCAAAUCGAGAAUCAGCCAAAAGUGGACUUAAUUAGGCUUAUGAUCCAGAAGUUGGAGGAUAUGCUGUCAGUUGUGGAGAAUUUGGAUACUUUCCGAUUCUAUACGACUUCUCUACUUAUUCUCUAUGAGGGGAAUGUCGAUCAAAUCAGUAUAAAUGAUACAAAUCUAGUGGACAUCCGAAUAAUUGAUUUCGCGCAUUCAACACAUCAGGGUAUGGGAGACAACACCACUGACAUCGACAAUAGUGGGCCCGACAGGGGUUCGUUGGUCUUCGGGUACUGA